CUUUCAAGUCAUUUUAAAUUGCGGAUAAUUACAAUGAGCAUUAACUUUUCAGUUCAGUUGAGGGAAAGAAUGUCCAUAGCUUAUAUUUCACAUUGCUUCUGCAGUCUGAAGUACUGUGAUGUUUUAUGAUGUUUUAUUCUGUAACAAAAGACAUCAUUUCCAACCACAGCUCACCUCUUUCUCUUUCUUCAAUAUAUAUGAUUCUUUUUUAAUCAUUUCUUUCCCUAUUAUACUUGCAUAUAUGUCUUUCACCAUAGGUGGCAGUGUGGUAAAACCUCAGUGUGGUGUUCCUGCUCUACUGGUAAGUACAGUGUCAUGCUCCAUCAACUUGAAAGUUUCAGUGCCGGUGUGAAAUGAAUCAUAAAACUGUUUCUGUUCAUUUAGCUUUCAGGGUAUGUUUUGGUAUGUUUGGAAUAUUCUGUUUAUUCCAGCUCCAUCAGACUUGUUUGUUGGGAUUACCUCUCUUUUCCCUUGUGUUAUUAUGGUGUGUGUGUGCUGUCACGACAUAUUUUCACCAGAUGCCCAAAGACAGUAGACUGCUUGACUGCAUCAAAUAACAUUCCAAACAGUGAGUUUUUGCUGUUGAGGGUUUUUAUUUUUUUAAUUCCCUGUCAGUACAUUAUACAAACAUUAUAUAUACACGCAAUAUAUACAGUAAAAUAUGUAACAUAUAUUGUACAUUUCAGUACAUCAAGUGCACAUCUGUAUGCAAUUUAUUCAUCUAAUUUGGUACAAAAAAUUAACUGUAGCUUAUAUAAUAAAUUUCUGUCUUGCAUAAUAACUUCUCAUACCGUUUAGCUGAGCCUUUCACCCCAGAAAGUAAAGACACAACAUUUUACUGUUCCAGUCACACUUAUUUAAUUUCCCUCUGUGUAGCUACAGGGACUCCCUUGCAUAUAUAAUAAGCGUUGUCCAAUCAUAAAAGUGUGUCCAAGUCCAAUUAGAAUUCCCCGCUUUUUAUUGGCUAACGGUAAACAAUACAAUUCCAGAUGUGUCUCCUUCCCUCUGCGAGUCGAGUUUUGACUGACACUUACUUCAGCCCAUUAAAGCGCACGCUGAUUUUGGGGGGCUUUUGCUUGGCUGACGCGCUACUGAAGGGGCGGGGACUAAAAACUGAACCCAAAUCCAGCUGUGAAUGCGUUUGGAUGGGCGCUUUCGUGCUCUAGACCGUUGUUACCGACUCGGAGGGAACGGUGAGAUUUAGUUUUGUGCGUAUUUUCGCAAUAAUGGACAACAAGAAAACAAGCAUUUCCCCCCCCCUUUUUCCGUUUGCGUCGCCACACUUUAGAGGGCUAUGUGUAGCCUCUUAAAAUUGAUAUCCGCACAUAAAGAUGUAUGUAUUUUUUAAACAUAGUGCACACUUUGGAUUGUAGGACAUCGAUGUUUCAGGAGAACAAAUAAUUUUUUUUUUUUUUUACAAAAAAGAAAGAAAAAUUCAAAACUUAGUGUCGGUUUUACCUGAUGUUCCAUGAAAGCGCGCGCGCUCGGCGGAGAAACAGUGGAUCUCGCACUGGAGGAACCAACAGUUUUCGGACAGUUGCUUUCCUCGUCGUUUUCUCAUUAUUUCCCGAGGAGUUGCUGUCUUCUUUGUCGGGUUCUCAGCGUUCUGCUGAAGACUAGCUUCUCGCGCUGAGGCAUCGCUAAGCUCUGCGCACUUUAGAGGGCAUGUGGCUCUCGCGCGACGCUCGGAAACGCGCCUGCGCUCCAAGCAUCACCUGGAAGCUCCGCGCGCGAGCCUGACUUUUCGCCAGCUUUCUGUCUUCGGGCUACUUUUUUUUUUCCUGUCAUUGGAAAUGAUCAUGCGAUGAGUGAGUUUCGUCUGAGGUUAAUACCAGAAGCAAUUAGCCUUACAGGAGGUGAAUGAUGGCCGAGGAUGAAGGAAAUAUUUCUGAGGAAAACACAGCGAGGGAGGGAGAUGCUACAUCUUCUCUUCCCAGGACCUUCAUCCGACUGAAUGAUCUGUCUGGUGGAGGAGAGCAAGGAGCUGAUGAUGAAGCUCAUGAGGAAACAGAGAGGAGGGAAAGCACAGGAGGCCCAGUGGCCGAGGAAGCAGCUUCGGUCGAAGGAGGCGGAGAGGCUUUGCCAUAUCCCUCACUGGCACCUGUUGUCUUCUUCUACCUGAAGCAAACUACACGGCCUAGGAGUUGGUGUCUGAAAAUGGUCUGCAAUCCGUGGUUUGAACGGGCCAGUAUGCUAGUGAUCCUGCUGAACUGUGUGACUUUGGGCAUGUUUCACCCGUGUGAGGACAGUGACUGUGACUCAGACCGCUGCAAGAUCUUGGAGGAUUUCGACGACUUCAUUUUUGCAUUUUUUGCUGUGGAGAUGGUGAUUAAGAUGGUAGCACUGGGCAUCUUUGGCAAAAAGUGUUACCUUGGGGAUACCUGGAAUCGGCUAGACUUCUUCAUUGUGCUGGCUGGGAUGCUGGAAUAUUCGCUGAACCUGCAGAAUGUCAGUUUCUCUGCUGUUCGUACUGUCAGAGUGCUGAGGCCUCUACGAGCGAUCAACCGAGUGCCCAGUAUGAGAAUCUUGGUGACUCUCCUGCUGGACACUCUCCCUAUGCUGGGCAAUGUGUUGCUGCUCUGCUUCUUUGUCUUCUUCAUCUUUGGGAUUGUUGGAGUUCAGCUCUGGGCUGGGCUGCUCCGUAACCGCUGCUUCCUGCCUGUGAACUUCUCUGUUCCCCAAAGCCUGCCCAAUUACUACCACGUUGACGACGAGAGCCCAUUCAUCUGCUCUCAGAUGGGGGAUAAUGGCAUGCGCCACUGCAACUCCAUACCUAGGCUGCAUGAGGAGGGUCUGCAAUGUCAGCUGGACAUGGGAGCCUACAACAGCACAGAUAACACCACAUGUGUCGAUUGGAAUCAGUACUAUACUAACUGCUCUGCUGGGGAUGUCAACCCUUUUAAGGGUGCCAUCAACUUUGAUAACAUAGGCUAUGCCUGGAUUGCCAUUUUUCAGGUCAUCACUCUGGAGGGUUGGGUGGACAUCAUGUACUUUGUAAUGGAUGCACACUCCUUCUACAAUUUUAUCUACUUCAUUUUCCUGAUUAUAGUGGGCUCAUUCUUCAUGAUCAACCUCUGCCUAGUUGUCAUAGCCACCCAGUUCUCUGAAACAAAGCAGCGUGAAAGUCAGCUGAUGAAGGAGCAGAGAGUGCGAUUCAUGUCCAACGCAAGCACUCUAGCCAGUUUCUCAGAGCCAGGUAGCUGCUACGAUGAGCUCCUCAAAUACCUGGUUUACAUUGUUCGGAAAGCUACCAGGCAGUUAGGCCACCUAAUGCGGGCAGCUGCUCGCCGGGCAGGCAUCAGGAUAUGCACCUCUCCCACCCCUGAACCUCCAAAUGCCAAGAGACGAAGGCACAGGAAGCAGCAGGGCUCCAUUCAUCACCUUGUACACCAUCACCAUCACCACCACCAUCACUACCAUCUUGGCAAUGGGAAUAUCCGGAGUGAUGGUGCCCAGGAGAUGGAGGUGUCUCUGCGGAACAACAACAGGAAUGGAGCAGGAACGGGACGUCUUACUCUACCCACCAUUGUGCCUCUGCAGGACCCAUCCCCUUCUUGCUCUGCAGCGCUGGGCUCCAGCAGUGCCGAAUCUAUACACAGCACCUACCACAGGACCUGCCACUUGGAUCCAAAUCGUGCCCCCACAUUAGGUCAUCCAGUGCUGCAGGCCUACAAGAGGAACUCAGUGCCGUUUGCCGCACCAGUGCAUAAGAACUAUCCGACUCUGCAGCCUCGUGUAGCCCUGGAACAACUCAGGCAGAGGGCGCUGGAUCCUGGAGGAGCCUGUUGCACUGCCAACAUCCUCAGCAACCUCAACAUACCUCCACUCCAUGUAAACACAUCCCAGUGCCUGCUGGACACACAAGGGCCUGCAGGGAAUUCUUCACGCAAGCUCUCCAAUACCAACUGCAGUGGUACAAAUUUGGAUGCUAUGCUGACGUUUGACCCUGAGACCUGCCCUUACUGUAUCAAAUCAGUGGGUAAUGAUUCAGAGGGACUUGAAGCGAAUGAGACUGCAGACUCAGACAGUGAGGGAGUGUAUGAAUUCACACAAGACGCACACUAUCGGGAUGGCAGAGACCUAAAUAGGAAGAAGAAGUUUACGUUAGGUGCUCGGGCAGUGAAGGUAGUGCACUUCUGGAGACUAGUGUGUGACACAUUCCGCAAGAUUGUAGACAGCAAAUAUUUUGGACGCGGCAUCAUGAUCGCCAUCCUCAUCAAUACCCUCAGCAUGGGAAUCGAGUACCAUGAGCAGCCUGAUGAGCUAACCAAUGCACUGGAGAUCAGUAAUAUUGUGUUUACCAGUCUCUUUUCCCUGGAGAUGCUCCUGAAGCUGCUGGUAUAUGGCCCUUUUGGCUACAUCAAGAACCCUUACAACAUUUUUGAUGGCAUUAUUGUCGUAAUAAGUGUGUGGGAAAUCGUGGGCCAGCAGGGUGGGGGUUUGUCAGUGCUGAGGACCUUCAGGUUGAUGCGGGUGCUGAAGCUGGUGCGCUUCAUGCCGGCGCUGCAGAGACAGCUCGUGGUUCUGAUGAAGACUAUGGACAAUGUGGCUACUUUCUGCAUGCUGCUGAUGCUCUUUAUCUUCAUCUUCAGUAUUUUGGGAAUGCACCUGUUUGGGUGUAAGUUUGGUUCAGAGAGAGAUGGUGACACAAUGCCCGACCGCAAGAAUUUUGACUCUUUGCUCUGGGCCAUUGUCACAGUGUUUCAGAUCCUCACCCAGGAAGACUGGAAUAAGGUUCUCUAUAAUGGCAUGGCCUCCACCUCACCUGUCGCGGCUCUCUACUUCAUCGCCCUAAUGACCUUUGGGAAUUACGUGCUGUUCAACUUAUUGGUGGCUAUCUUAGUGGAGGGCUUCCAGACGGAGGGGGAUGGCUCCAAGUCGGGCUCGGAAGCAGAUUUCUAUACACAAACCAUUGAUGAUGUGUGCAGAAGCAAAAAAGAUGUGUCGGCUUCAUCUGUAGUACCCAUCAAUGGCCAUGUGGAUCUGAAGGCCAGCAUUACACCUCCUCUUAUCACCCACACGGCUGCAACACCCAUGCCUGUGCCCAAGAUCUCAGGAGGAGAUGACCUCGCUUUGGGAUACAUGUCACGCAGGGGCAGCAAUGUUUCUGUGGAGCCUGGCUGCCAUGAAAAGACUCCGUCAAGUGUGCGAAGCUCCCCACAUGCCCCCUGGAGUUCCAGCAGCAGCUGGAACAGUCGACGCUCCAGCUGGAACAGUCUAGGCCGAGCACCGAGUUUGAAGAGGCAGAAGCAGCAGUCGGGUGAGCGACGCUCCUUGCUCUCCGGAGACGGCCACUCCAGCUCUGAUGAGGAUGGUGCUGGAGGGGGCAGUGGCAGAGGAAGGAUGUUGGAAGGGGAUAAUGUUUCCCUCAGCAGGACAGAUUCUUUUGGUCAAAGGCCACGGCAUAGGCGUAUGGAGUCUCUGGAGACACGCAGCUCCUUCGACCUGCCUCCGGACACGCUGCAGGUGCCGUACCUGCACAGAUCAGCUAGCAUCCACAGCACACGGCCACCAAAUCUGAUCAGCAAUGGGAAGAGCUCACCCACGGGGGCCACAAUGCAGCUCUCAUUAGAUGAUCAUCACAGUGAGGAUGACAAUGCUGAUGAGGAGGGAAACUUGAGUCGACGAGCACGUCUGUACCGCUGGCUGGAGCAUAAGCAGCCUGAAUGGUGCAGGCAGAGAAACACCUGGUCUCUCUACCUGUUUCCUCCCGAGUCCAGGAUUCGUGUGAGCUGCAAUAAAAUCAUCACGCACAAGAUGUUUGACCAUGUGGUGCUUGUUAUUAUCUUCCUCAACUGCAUCACCAUUGCCAUGGAGAGGCCCAAGAUUGAGGCAAAGAGUCCUGAGCGUAUAUUCCUGACGGUGUCCAACUACAUCUUCACAGCCAUCUUCGUGACUGAAAUGACAAUAAAGGUGGUGGCCCUGGGCUGGUGUUUUGGAGAGAAGUCAUACCUGAAGAGCAGCUGGAAUAUUUUGGAUGGGAUGCUGGUGCUCAUCUCAGUCAUUGACAUCCUGGUGUCUUUGAUUUCAAACAGUGGCACUAAGAUCUUGGGCAUGCUGCGUGUGCUGAGGCUGCUGAGAACUCUUCGCCCCCUCCGGGUGAUCAGCAGGGCUCCAGGGCUCAAGUUGGUGGUUGAAACUCUGAUGUCAUCCCUUAAACCAAUUGGAAACAUUGUGGUCAUCUGCUGCGCCUUCUUCAUUAUUUUCGGCAUCUUGGGGGUUCAGCUGUUCAAGGGAAAGUUCUAUGUGUGCCAGGGUGAGGAUACAAGGAAUAUAACAAAUAAAUCUGACUGCCAUCUUGCUAAAUACAAGUGGGUUAGGCACAAGUACAAUUUUGACAACCUGGGACAGGCUCUGAUGUCUCUUUUUGUACUGGCCUCUAAGGAUGGCUGGGUGGACAUUAUGUACGAUGGACUAGAUGCUGUAGGGGUUGAUCAACAGCCUGUGAUGAACCACAACCCCUGGAUGCUGCUCUAUUUUAUCUCUUUCCUGUUGAUCGUGGCUUUUUUCGUGCUCAAUAUGUUUGUGGGUGUGGUGGUGGAGAACUUCCACAAGUGUCGGCGGCACCAGGAAGCUGAAGAAGCCAAGCGGCGCGAGGAGAAACGCCUGAAAAGGAUGGAGAAAAAGAGAAGGAAGGCUCAGUGUAAGCCUUACUACUCUGACUACUCUCCCACUCGUCGCCUCAUCCACAAGAUGUGCACUAGCCACUACCUGGAUCUUUUCAUCACCAUCGUCAUAGGCCUCAAUGUCAUCACUAUGUCCAUGGAGCACUACCAACAGCCCAAGGUGCUCGAUGAAGCGCUGAAAAUCUGCAACUACAUUUUCACUAUUAUCUUUGUGCUGGAGUCUGUCUUCAAACUUGUGGCAUUUGGAUUCAGACGUUUCUUCAAAGACAGGUGGAACCAGUUGGAUCUAGCUAUCGUGCUGCUCUCCAUUAUGGGGAUCACUCUGGAGGAGAUCGAGGUCAACGCCUCACUCCCCAUCAACCCUACCAUCAUACGAAUCAUGAGGGUGUUACGCAUUGCCCGUGUGUUAAAGCUCUUGAAGAUGGCUGUGGGAAUGCGAGCUCUGUUGGACACCGUGAUCCAGGCCCUGCCUCAGGUGGGGAAUCUGGGUCUUCUCUUCAUGCUUCUCUUCUUUAUCUUCGCAGCACUGGGAGUAGAACUGUUCGGUGAUCUGAUAUGUGAUGAUUUGCACCCCUGUGAGGGCCUUGGGCGCUACGCCACAUUCAAGAACUUUGGUAUGGCCUUUCUCCUGCUGUUCCGUGUAUCCACUGGGGACAAUUGGAACGGCAUUAUGAAGGACACACUGCGAGACUGCGCUCAUGACACUGGAACAUGCUACAACACAGUGGUGUCUCCCAUCUACUUUGUGUCCUUUGUGCUGACGGCUCAGUUUGUGUUGGUCAACGUUGUAAUCGCCGUCCUCAUGAAGCACCUGGAAGAGAGCAACAAAGAGGCUAAGGAGGAGGCUGAGCUAGAGGCAGAAAUGGAGCUGGAAGCAGCAGGUGGAGAUGGGGGGAUGACUGGAGUACACAUUUCCCCUCUGGCCCUGCGAGACAUAGGUGGGCCUGCAGGGCCUCACUGGAUCUCCAGAGCCUCACAGGACAGAGGUUAUCCCCCAGACAGCCCAUCAGCACCCAUACGCAGAGACUCAACAGCACACAAGACAGACCAGCCUCAAGGUCUGGAGCCUCCAUUACAGAAUGCAGAUCCUCCAGACCCCUCAACAGAGUCUGUACAGCCACAUGAACAUCUGGAAGAGCACCUACUAUGUGUGAAGAAGAUUUCAGUGGGGCGUGCACACUCCUUACCCAAUGACAGCUACAUGUUCCUGCCCCACCAGCCCAUCCCGUCCUCAACAACCCUUAUGACCUCAGCUCAGCAGACUCAGUCAGGCUCCAUUAGCUCUGUACAGUCUCAGACAGAAGAGCCCGCACAGCACCUGACUGUACCUACAGAUCUGUUCCGGCCCAUCAGCCCCCACAGCCUGUCUGACUCAGAGUGUAUUCCCAGAAUUCCUCCCCCUCGCCGGGGACACACACUCUCCCGCACCUUGCGCCGACAGGUGGCAGUGAGCACUGACUCUCAGGAGGCCUUGUACACAAAAGGAGGGGAGAAUGAGGGCCCCAAGGGGCUUGGUGAACUCUCCACUCCUCCCACUACAUUCCCAGCACUGCAGCAGUUUCGCCAACCAUCACUCUUCCUCAUUCCUGCAACACCAGGCGCCUCUCCCAAACCAAUGCGUGGCAGUGUGCACACACAGCACAACCCCCAUGAUCAAUACAACAUCUGCUCCAGGCACCAGUGCUCUCCCCCGACCCAUGAUAAGCCUGCUGAGGUGGACUCGGUGGAUCAGGAGGUGUCUCAAAUAAUCCAAUCAGGAUUUGAAGAUUAUAAAGGUCAAGACUGCAUUAGAGGAGGUGGAAUUGGGGGAGGGCUGUGGGAAGGCCGCGGUCCAUCUCUGAGGCAGUUGAAGAAGUAUCACAGUGCAGACGUGCAGUGUAGGCGGGCACCACUACUACUGCCUCGGCCCUCUUCCUGGCUUGAUGACCCACGGCGCCACUCCAUCGAGGUUUGUCCAUCGGUAGAGAGCAGCCCCCAGAGAAGCUCCGUGUCUUCUGGUUUUGUGUCACGUGCAGACAGCUUACAACAGCCCUCGCCCCGGACCCAAAAGAAGAAGAUGAGUCCUCCUUGCAUCUCUGUGGACCCUCCAGAGGGGCUGGUGCUUCCAAGGGACUUCCAGCUAGUGUUGGACACUGGGAUGGGCACAGUGCCACCAUCUCUGCCCAGCAGGGACACCUGCCUGAGAAGAAGAGCCCCCUCCAGUGAAUCCAAGGACUCAUUCGAUCUGGGUGGAGGAGGAGAUGGGUUGCCCCAAGAGGGGGUUUCUAACCCCAAGCUAUUAACUCUGCCCAAUUUCUCCUUUGAGAAGACAAGCUCUGAGCACUGAACAUACACACAAAUACACUAAGGUGCAUACAAAUGCAUAGAGAUGCACAUAAACAAGACAAUGUACUCUGUGUGUCCAUGACAGUGAUAAUAGUAAUAAUAGCAUAGAGAGUAAUAGUGUUAAACACAACAAUGGUGAAUAACCAAUGAUCAUGAUGAAUAGUGACCAUUUCUUGUUUUUGUUCUGUACUGCCAAAAAAGAAAACAAAACGACACUGUAAUGAGGACAAACCAAGCUAAUAACAGAACUGUCUCUCUUCCAUCAUGCCAACAAGCAUUUGCUGGCAAUCUAUGACCUCCUAUUGAACGUUGUUCUUGGGGCCCACACAGGGCUCCUUCUGGCUGUUUUGGAGACUUUUUUAGCACAGCUCUUUCCCCCCAAGAGCAGUGGUGAAGGUACAAAGCAAUAUGAACGUUUUAGAGACACUAUUUUCUUAAAUUAUUGGGCCAUAGUAUUUGUACAGGAUGUAGAUUUUUUUAAUUUCAAUAUAUUUUUAUUUGUGUCCCUUUGUGAAUUUUCAAUGUUUAAAUUGUUUGUUGUUUUGCUUUAUUUUUUCACCAUAGGAUAUUUUUAGCCUUAGGGAGGAUUUUAAAAAAAAGAAAAGGAAACAUUUUUUUCAUUCAAGUUCCAAGAUCCAUGUAUUUGUA